GUUCCGUAUAUAUCUACUGGAGCAUGACUGCACUUCGGACCGAAUCCGCAUGGGCCAAUCAAAGUCCAUCACCCCCGAGUUACCUCCCGGUGCACGGCACUAAACUCACCGAAGAACUCUCUUUCAUUGAACGAACAUACAAUCUCGCUUCAUAUCUUCGUGCUUUGUAUAUUCAUCAGGUCAUCAUCUUAGCACGUAUCGAUGCAGUUUUUCAGAAGCACUAUCCGGGUGUGGCGACAGCGUUCGACAUCGAACGAAAUGCGUCCAUCAAUUUCGUGAACAAUCCACCGAUUUUCGAUUUUGCUCGGCCAUACAUGCCAAGGGUUAAUUUCGUCGGAGGACUUCAUUGCAGAAAUGCGACCGCCCUUGGAGGGGCCCUGAAUGAUUUUGUGGCCGCAGCAUCCGAUGAUGACGGUUUCGCGCUGAUCACAACUGGCUUCACAGCACAAUGGGCAAAAGCUUCACAAAGAAUUAAAGACAUCUAUUUGAGUACAUUUAAAGCCUAUCCUAAAGUGAAAUUUAUCUGGCAGUACGACGGUACACCGUUUAGCGCCGUACCCUCCAACGUUUUCACCCAAGCAUGGCUUCCACAACAGGAUCUCUUAGGUCAUCCAAAGUGUCGCGCUUACAUUACUCAUGGCGGAAUGAACAGCGUCAUAGAGUCCGUAUGGCAUGGCGUUCCAACCAUUGGCGUUCCGCUCACUGUUGCUGGGCACGACAAUUUACUACGGAUUAGCGCCCGAGGCGCAGGUAUUCUUAUCCCGAAAACAGAGUUUAGCGCUAAAAAACUCAUUUGGGCGCUGCAGGAGAUUCGUAAAAACAAAUACAAGAAAGCGAUGUUAUCCUUCCAAGAUAUGGUCCGUGACGUACCGUACACGGAGCUCGCACAUGCGGCGUUCUGGGUCGAAUUCAUUGAACGACAUCAAGAGGUUGAUUUUUCAUAUUCCUCUAUCAUUUAUUCAUAUCCUCACUGUUUAUUACUAAACACAUAA